ACCACCUCCCAUGUUCCCACUUUAUAUCCGCUUCAUGCAAACUCACUGCUUCAUUCUGACAAAAAACAAAAUGGCUUCAAAUCUGGAGGCUCCAACCACCAGCAGCCCCUCCAUGAGCUGCCAAUCCUUUCUCCCUGUCUGCCUUACUGGAGCAGAGGCAGAGGGCCUCGCCUCGCCUCCCUGGUCAGUUGACUCUCCAGAGCAGUGUGAGGAACAUGGAGAGAGCCUGUCUACGUUCUGUUUGGAUGACCUGGAGCCUUUAUGUAAACAGUGUGCAGCUGUGAGCCAUGCAGGACACAGGGUUUACCUCCUGACUGAGGCUGCAACUGACUGCAAGGAGGAGCUCAAAACAUCAGUAAAUGGACUGAAGACUAAGAUGACUCACUUUGAGGAAGUAACACAGACCUGUGAACAUGCAUCCAGACAUAACCAGGCUGAGGCCAAAUUCAUAGAGGAGCAGAUGAAAAAGGAAUUUGAAAGUCUUCACCAGUUUUUGAGAGAGGAGGAAGCAGCCAGGCUACUUGCACUCAGGGAGGAAAAGGAGAAGAAGAAGAGAGAGGCUGAAAAUCAGAUAGACAAAAUGAAUCAGGUGAUAAAGUCUCUGGAAGAGAAGCUCCAACUGGUUGAAGAGGAGCUGGAUGCAGGAGGAGAUGGGGUUAAAUUUUUAGAGUGCUACCACGACACGAUAAAUAGCAAGGAGCCACAGAAAGUUUGCAGACCUCUAAUAGAUGUGGCCAAACACCUGGGUAACCUACCGUAUGCUGUGUGGGAGAAGAUGAAACACAUCACCCCGUACACUCCAGUGACGCUGGACCCCAGGACAGCAAGCCAUACUCUGAGGGUGUCUACUGGGUUAAACAGUGUCCAUAUCAUCCCUGGAUCCUCACAGGGGCUGGACCAUAGUCUGGGUGUUGCUGUCCUUGCCCCAGCUAACCCUGAACGUUUCCACCCUUAUUCCUGUCUCCUGGCGAGAGAGGGCUUCGACUCAGGAGUGCACUGUUGGGAUAUUGAGGUUGGUGACACCAAUAAUUGGACAGUCGGUGUUGCUGCUCAGUCAUUGUCCAGAAGGUCAGAGUUUGAGUCCUUUCCAGAGGCAGGACUGUGGUGUAUCAGCCUGCGAGACGGCGAGUACCAAGCUUUGACCACUCCCUCUCAAGCCCUAAAUCUCGAAAACUCACACCGCCUCAGCAGGGUCCGUGUGAGGCUGGGCUGGGAUGAAGGGACACUGGAAUUUAUGAACGCCGAUACUGAAACACAUCUUUUCACAUUUAGACAUUGCUUUACUGAAAAGGUGUACCCAUACUUUGAGAGUAUAUCGUUGGGUGGGUGCCUUACUGUGUUGGCACAGAGAGUGAACGUCAGCGUGGAGUCAGAUUUUGUCUCUGUGGAAGACACUACUCUCACUGAGGAGGAUCAGGUGACAAAAAGCAAUUCUUGCACCGAGGGAGACUUUAACACUGCAAUGACUAACAGCAACAGCAAGAUGUCAGAGUUUGUACAUCUGACUGAAGACAACAACUCAAUUUGUUCUAUGAGAGAGAAGAAAACCCCACCUCAGAGACGUGUGUUGAAGGAUCAGCUUAUUAAAAGAAAACCCACUGGAACGGAAAAGGCAAAAGACAACAGAUCUGCUGUCAAAAAACAGAACAGCAGGCCCAGGUUCAGUGUGAACUACCAUGUUUCACUGAACAGAGCCCUAAAAAAAGCCCUAAUCAACACUGAAUCUGGCAAUCACAAACAAAUCCACAAAUCAUGUUGAUCAUCUGGUUAAUAAUCCUUGUGAUAAAUAAGAGUCUUCUGCUAUUAUCAAUUAUACAAGUCUUUCUCUUUAGUCUUCAUUCACAGAAGCAGCGUGAGUAUAGGGUCAGAAAUGUCUCAACUACUGGACGGAUUGCUGCAUCAUUUGGUACAAACUUCCUCAGAUUAGGAUGAACUGUAAUCACUUUGCUUUAUAACCAAAUACCUGCAAUCAGCCUCAGCUGUACUUUGUGUUUAGUGGUAAUUAGCAAAUAUUAGCAUGCUAACACGCUAAGCUAAGAUGGUGAACAUGGUAAACGAUAUACCUGCUUAACAUCAACAUGUUGUGAGCAUGUUAGCAUACUGACGUUCACAUUUAGCUCAAAGCAUCAAUACAGCCACAAUAGUGUCAAAGUACAGCCGCUAGCAUAGCUUAGUCUUGUUUAUAGGAGUUGGAGGAGACUGGAUUGGAUUUUGUUUCUGAGGAGUUUGAUGAAAAUAUAUUUUUGCUGUGUUCUCAUCCGUACAGGCUCUGAUACAUCGACUGAAAUUGUAUUAGUUUCUAAUUUGUUUUUAGAUAAAGGUUAUUGAUGUAAAACUCUUCAUGUUUAAAGGCCAUUAACUGGAUGAGCUGGAUAUGUAACUAACAAAAUGUAAAAUACUGUGCAGGUGAAAGAAAAAAUGUAUUCAAUUUGGUAAAAAAUAAAGUUUAUUUAAUUACAAAAAA